GGCGAGAGAUAUUUUUCUCUCUCGCAGAGAGCAGUGGGUCGCUGUCCCUCGGCUCCCCAGCUCCCACCGGGAUGCCUCCCCGGGAGGGAUGCAGGGCGCAGCAGGUGGCCUAGCACGCCGCCGCCCUCAGGACCAGCGCACUUGGUAUUUCUUCCCCGCGCAGAGGAAAUCCCGCUGAAUCAGGCUCGGCUGCCGAUGUGAUCCUUGCCGAGCCAAAGCAUCUGUUGAGCGCACGCCGCCGGAGGAAGCCGCAGCUCGGGCCGGGGCUGAGCGCGGCUCCCGGGAAGCGGCACAUUGAUCACACGGCCCCGCGGCCAAUUAGCGGCAGGAGCCGGGGCCAGCCCUCGUGUCUGCGCGCUGCCGAUCCAUCGGCAGUAAUUACCGAGACACUUCAUGCCUACUUUGGACGGGAAUUAAUUCGAGGCCGGAUAAAUAAUGCAUUAGGGUUUAUUGAGCCCCGCGUGAAGCGUCGCCCCCGAGCCAGGGCUGGAGCGGCGGCGGCGGCGAUGCGCGGGGCGGCGGCCGGGGCCGGGCGCUGAGGCUGCGGGCAGCGCCCAGCCGGGAGCAUGCUGAGCCCCAAGAUCAGGCAGGCCAGGAGAGCCCGGUCAAGGAGUUUGGUGAUGGGUGAACAGAUUGGGCCUCCCUCCAGACCAUCUUCUCCCAACCCUCAGGAACGUGUGCUGAAGUGUGGCUGGCUAAAGAAACAAAGGAGCAUUAUGAAGAAUUGGCAGCAGCGGUGGUUUGUGCUGCGAGGGGAUCAGCUCUUCUAUUAUAAGGAUGAAGAAGAAACUAAACCUCAGGGUUUGAUACUACUACAAGGAAGUCAGGUGAACGAGCUGCCACCUAAUCCUGAUGAACCAGGGAAGCAUCUGUUUGAAAUUACCCCAGGUGGUGCAGGGGACCGGGAAAAGAUGCCUGUCAAUCAUGAGGCUUUCCUGCUCAUGGCUAAUUCCCAGAAUGAAAUGGAAGAUUGGGUGAAAGCCAUCCGACGAGUUAUAUGGGCUCCAUUUGGUGGAGGUAUUGCAAAUAGCUCACAUGCACAUAAAUUAAAACAUUUGCCUCAAGGGAUCUUUGGGCAGCGCCUGGAGGACACCGUACAGUACGAGCGGAAGUAUGGCCAGCGCUUGGCCCCGCUGCUGGUGGAACAGUGCGUGGAUUUUAUUCGGGAGCGAGGGCUUACAGAGGAGGGGCUCUUUCGGAUGCCUGGACAAGCCAACCUUGUCAAAGAUCUGCAGGAUUCUUUUGAUUGUGGAGAGAAACCCCUUUUUGACAGCAACACAGAUGUUCACACUGUGGCGUCCCUCCUGAAGCUUUACCUUCGAGAGCUGCCAGAGCCUGUCAUCCCCUUUGCCAAAUAUGAAGACUUUCUUUCUUGUGGACAGCUGCUCUCAAAAGAUGAGGGAGAGGGUACCCAGGAACUGGUUAAACAGGUGAAGAAUUUGCCCCAAGCCAACUACAACCUCCUCAAAUACAUAUGCAAGUUUCUUGAUGAAGUUCAGGCUCAUUCCAGCAUUAACAAGAUGAGUGUCCAGAACCUGGCUACAGUAUUUGGACCAAACAUACUGCGGCCCAAAAUGGAGGAUCCGGUGACCAUGAUGGAAGGCACCUCUCUGGUUCAGCACCUGAUGACAGUACUGAUAAGUGAGCAGGGGCGGAUCUUUGCUGUUCCUCAGGCAGAUGUGCCAGGGAGCCAGCUGGAAAUCAGACCAAUGCGCCAGCGCAGCACUGUGGAGUGGAUCUCCGAGGAGGACGGGGAGGACAGCAGGUCACAGAACAGCGCUGCCAGCCCCGCUGAUUUGCCUUCUGGCAAUGCUGUGGCUCUAGAGGCCACGCCAGGACCUACAGUGAAAAUCACUCCUCCAGAGCAGAGUGGCAAAUCGACUCAGCCUGCCACCAGCCCCAGUAAAAGAGUGCAGACGCUGCCUCCAUGGAAAUACUCCUUCCGCCAGCAGGGAGCACGGUCUGUGAGUCCAAAGCUGGGCAGCUCAUCCUUAGAUAUCCCCAACCUCUCCUCCAGCGGGAACUGGUUGAUGAACGGCCUGUACUCCCUCCGAGGCCAUCGCCGGACAGCCUCUGGGGAACGAGUGAAAGACUCGUGCUCCUCCCAGAGACUCUCCACUUAUGACAAUGUCCCUUCCUCCAGCCUGUCCCUCAGCACACACAGCAUGGCCAGCACCACCUGGUCUACAUCGUCCUGUGAGAUCUCCGUGAUGGACUCGGUGAGCAGCUGCCCAGCCUGCCGGGCCAGUGACUCUUCUGCUUUGAGCUCCCUAAAAACCGAGUGGGUAACUCAGGGCUCGCUGUCUCAGAGCGAGGUCAAGACAGCAGAUCUGGAGAACAGCAUGGACAGGUUUGAAGGCUGCAGCAGCAGCAGCGAACAGAGUGACCCGGCUGCAGCUUCCCGAGACUCUGUCCAAUGCUCCAGGGCCUUACAGAGCUUGGUGGUGGAGCUAAAGACAGAGCUGAGCAAACAGAGGACUGAGUAUGAGACUAGUAUCAAAAGAAUUGAAGAAACAAGUGCAGACCUGAGGAACCAAGUGGUUAGGUUAGAAGAAGAACUGGACCAAGAACGAAAAAAAUACAGGAUGCUGGAGAUAAAGCUGAGGAAUUCUGAACGCGCUCGUGAAGAUGCUGAGAAGAGAAAUUACCUCCUGCAGAAGGAAAUGGAAGAGUUUUUUUCAACAUUAGGAUGUUUAACUGUUGGGAGUCAAAGUGCUAAAGUCUCCAAGUAGAACAAGUAUAGAAAAUCCCAUUCCUGACAAAAUGAGUGAAAAUGCAUAUUUUGUUCUGGUAUACUCAUGUAUCAUGAGUAAUUCUAUAGUGAUUGUGCUCUCAGUGACACUUGCCCUGUUGUCUUUACAUGUGCUAUAGUAUUUGGGCCAGCUGGGAAAGACUGCUGACCAUAAAGCUUGAAAAUUUAGUGUCAGAUUGCCAAGAAAGAGUGGGGCCCCUCUGUAUCCACAGAACAUACUUUUCUCCAGAGUGUCCUGCUGCCAUCUUUGGACUGAGCUGCACCAUCCUUUUGCUGGCUCAAGGACAGUGGAAGGUCCUGCAGGGUGGGUGGAUGCCCAGAACCAACAAACAGCUGAGCCUGGAGCUGAGGGAUUCCUACACUUGUGCUUGGGAAGAUGGCAGUUCAAGCCUGUCACCACAGCCAGGACAUUUGCCAGAUGGAUUUAACGAGGUGGUUUUUGCCCCACUCCCUCCAUAAAGUUUGUUCAAAUAUCUCAUUCCUAGAGUGGUAUUAUUUUAUGACGAUAUUGUGAAAACAAGGUCUGCAAACAUGCUGAAGAUACCAAAAUCUUGACAAUUCACUAAAAUUGUCCUUUACCCACCCAAUGGUUUCAGUGUUUCACAAAAAUGCAACUUUAAAUUAAACUGUGAUUAAUAAUCAGAUUGGCUACACAAACUCUGUGGAACUUUAAAUAUGCACAUUUUGCCUUAGGUAUCUGAACAUUUUCUGAGCCAAAAAAUAGAGCAGUAUUAGCUGCAAGAAAAAAAAAUCUCCUGAGCUGAUACAUGUAUUAAGGCAGAAGACGGAAGAUUCUUAUCAUCAAAACACAUCCAAACAUUAAUAACAAAACUUAUGGUAAGAGGAAUUAGUGCAAUUGGGGUGGGGGUUGUCAGGGUGGGUAAAGGGAGGAGGGUGAGGAUCUAUCUUUAACCUUUCCUGGACAGUGUACACUUACCUCCCUUGUAACAUUUCUCAUGACACCAGCUGAUUUUUUGUUGUUAGUUCUUACAGGGAGAUGAGGGGACAGGAAGAAUACUGCAAACAACCUAUCAUCCCAAGUUCCUUAAUUCUGCCAAGAAAAAAGCCUUAGAAUGAAGCUGUAAGUUCUGGUAAUUUGCUACCAGGGCUGACUUCCCUUCCAUGUCUUUCAAGAAGUUCUGCAUAGCAUUUUUAACACCCUGAGCCAUGCAGAGCCUGCACACAGAAAACUGUUUGACCAGAUUCAGCCUGAAUUUCACCUGCGAGCCCAGCAGCAGGUAACUCACAUGGAUCAGUUCAUUCAGUUUUUUCAAAACCUUUUUCCUACUUCCCAGGCUCUCCAGCUGCCCUGGAUUCCUUACUGUGCUGGCAUGAGGCAGGUACCUGCAUGUUCAGCAGCAGCUGCCUGCCACCUGCAGGCAUGAUCAUCAUCCCCAUCUUUUUUUCCCACCUCUGCCUUGAAUUCAUUAUCAGAGGUCACAAGUGAUUCUUUAAGGAAUAAGAUGGCCAUUUAAAACAGCAGCAUCAGAUGCAUAAUGUGAGAGAGAAGCAAUACAGUGACUGAGCUGGAAGAGCAGGCAGUGUGGCAGGUAGCUGGAGGUAUGAGGUCAGUCAUCACAAAAUAAACCUUAAUACUGGAGGGUGGUCUAAUGGUUGUAAGUAGAACACCAGGACUGAUAGAAUGCAACAUUCAACCCAAGUACUAGUAGCAGGCAGGGUAUUUUAAUGCCUUCUUUUAUUUCUACCCAAAACAUAGAAGCCUUUCACUGUAUCCAUCCUGACAGUCCACACCUCCCUUUUACUAGUUAUAUUGCAUUAUCUCCUGUAUGUAUUGAGUGCAGACUGCUCCCUUUAGUUCACACUACAAACUCAAGAUUGAGUUAACCAGCAGUCAUGUUCACUGCUUGUCUGGUGUAUCUGGUGUUCAGUCUCCCAGUCAGCAGGGCUCAGUUCUUAGGGAUUUAACCUUAGGUAACUGUUAACAAACCCACCUGUCCCAAACUUGCAGCUCUAGGAUAGGAUCAUAAGAUCUAUAACAUGUGGCAUCCAAAAUAUUUUUUUUUAAAUAUACAAAGAAACUCUAUCCACUCAAAAUGAGGAGUGAAACAAACCAGUUCCAGACUGGCUGUUGUACUCCAGCAACAUCUAUGUUCACAAGGAAUAAAUUUCAGCUGCUUUUGAAGAUGAGCCACUGCAGUAAAUAAACCUGGCAAGAAGCUGCAAAGGACCCAGUUCACAUUAAAAUGCACCACAGUGGGAUGUUAACCUCAACUGCAGUAACAGGACUAUGUUAAAUUCCUGAUAUGGGCAAUUAUGCAAGAAAUUAGAUCCACUUGUACACAGCUUCAAAGAACACUAUGCUUUUAUCAAAGGAAGAUGAUACACACUAUGCUAGCUUUAACUCCUGUUUCCAUACUCUUUACCACCAAUGCAUGUCCCCACAGUAAGCACUGGAGACUACUCCUUAUUUCACAGACCUUUCACUUGUUACAGUCCUUGAUUUAAAUGUCAGCUUUCUUAGCAAGUGUUUACCAGAUACAGGUUUGGUUAUUAUUAAUUAAAUGUGACAGAAGGUUCCUGGAAUAGAUAAAUUUUUACCACAGCUUCACCUGCCCCAUCUUCUCAGCCUGGAAUAUCCCUUACAGUACUAUGCAGGCAAAAAAAACCCAAAAACCCAGUGAAAAAUUUUUCAGUGAAAAAAAAACAAACCCAAGACAAGCAUAUGCUUUUAAAAAAAGCAAAACAGCAACACCGAAGAAUAAGGAAGAAAACUUCAACAGCUUGUGGCAUUUCUAAUGCAAAAAGGACAAUUAAUUAAUAGCUUAAUGACUCAUCUACAUUCACAAGGGAGUUCCACUGAAACCAGCAACAUUAUGGAGUGUUUCAGUCAUGAGACACCAGACAAAUCCUGGGCAGAGCUACAACUCUCUCGGCCUUGCUCUGUAAUAACAUUAUCACUGGAAACUGACUGCACUUUAUGCUGACAUGCAAAUAAAGAGGAGCAUUUCUGAGUCCCACACUAUUCCUAGGAGAGCAUCCCAAUAAUUGGACGUCCAGAUAAACAAAGCUGCCUGCACUGUGGUUAAGUCCCUUUCACUUGAAACUGGACACAAAGGCACCACCAGCACAGCUCAAGGGCAGCUGCAGUCGAUAAGGAAGCACUGAAACCCUGCUGGAAGUGACUUAUGUUGGGACUUGCCUGUGGGAGAAGUGACAGUUCAGUUGGUGGUCCAGGCAUCCAGGUCAGCUCUCCAGAAGUCAGAUCCCUCAGGCUUCUCCAGGAUGCAGUGUUAAGAGAGUCUCCCUUACACUAGGCAGCCCAAGGCUUACCUCUUUCGGCAGCACAAGCUCUCAGCAGCUGUAUUCUCAGGAAUUAAGGGGGCUGGAGCUGGAAGCAAGAAUGGAUUCCACUGGUCACAAAGACCAUGAAUGCUGUUAACAGUCUGUGGCACAUCCAAAGUCCAUGUGAAUGGAGAAAUGGAAAAAACAUGUCACUCUGCCCACAAGUGAGCUCACACACAAGACAGGACACUACCAUUAAAGAACUGAUGAAUUCUCAGGAACAACUCUCACUAGUAAGAUUCCAAGUGCAGCCCUAUUAUUCAUACGAAACCCAUAGCAGCCUGGCAAUGAAGAAACAUUAAAUACAUGGUGGUCAAACUUUUUUUUUUUUCUUUUUUAUUUAAAAUAUCAUUAUAACCAACUGACAUACUAGAUAACAAUGUAUACAUUCCAGUGGUGCACAUGUAAUGACCUAUGGCAUGAAUGAGUUAAAAAAAAACCCACAAUGUUCUCAGUAAUGCCUACCAACAGCUUAUUUGGAAGGAAUAAAUAAAAAGCAGGAAAAGGUAUCAAAUGUGGGGAAGAAAAAAAAAAAUUAGCUUUCCCUAGUAGUUUUAAUGGUGUAUCUUCCCCUUCGUAUUUCUUGGGACAUAAUAAAAUCAAGAAUAUACUUCAAGAAGGGCAGAAGGAAUGAUCACAAUAAUUGGGGUGGGAUUUUUUUUCUCAACUUUAGUAAUAAAAGUUCAAGAACUCUCAAAAAUAGACUAGAUAUUGGGCCUACAAAAGUAAUUCAUCUGUAUGCAAAGCUUACCAAGAAUUAUUCCUUUUGUAAAAUGUAAAGGAUGAGCUGACAUUACUAGUAAGCUAUUUUUAUCCUACAAAACCAGACUACAAUAAUAAAAUCACCAAUCUGCAGCUAACACAAUAAUCUAGAUGUACAUUACUGUACACAGGCUAUAUAUAUAUUACACAUGAACAUCUUACGUGAAAUAGAUAAGAAACAUAUUGAUAUUGUCUCAACAUUGGCCAGUAGGUUUGUUUUUCUAAAGGAGGUGUAUUUUUUCUUCACAUUCAGUGUAGUUCCAAUAGCGAGGGUUAGCUUUGCUUACUUAAGAAACGUAGAAAGUUUGUGUGAGGUAGUUCAAGAAAACCUAGCUUAAGUUUUGAACUGCUAAAAUAGAAACACAAUGUGAUCUGAUUCAUAACACAGUUCUGUAACACAGACAUACAAAGAGAAGGGAGUGAGAGAGACCACAUAAAAUACGACUUUAAUCCAGUGCUCUUAACAAAGAAUAAAUUAAAUUAAUUGAAAAUUUGGGUAGGCAGUAAAGUCUUAUCACACUGCUUCAAUAAAACUCUCUUUCUAAUUCUGCUGAAAAAUGCAGACAGGCUCUCCUUCAACUGCUCCAAACCACUGACAGGAAAAUGUAACGGUAUGGGCAAGCUGCUGCCAAAAGCAAAUAAAAAUAGAUCUAGAAAUUGUAAUUCACUCGCUUUAGCAACUUGUAAAGUAAGACCAAGUAUAAGUUAACCUCCUCCCCUUUUGCCCAUUAUCUUUAUCAAGAAACCUUUACUGUCAUAUACUUCAGAUUAUUGGCUGGGUAGGACCAUCCUCCUGUAGGAGGUUUUUGACGUUUUCCUUCAUGCACUGCUGAGCUGAAUGCUCCAUCCAUCCAUCCCAGAGCCCCAAGCCCAGGAACUCAGUGCUGGCCCCACCAAGCCUGGACAGCAGAGCCCUACUGGAACAGUUCAUGCCAGGGACACAGGACACUCCCACACCACACCACUGGUAUGGAUGCUGUGUUGAGCUGGAAUUCCUGCCCAGAAAGAUGCUGCUGCAUCUCACAUAGUAAAAGUUCUUCAGAGCUAAAAGCCCAAGCAAAGUGCCACAUCUGCUCAGCUGAGCAAGUUCAACCAGGGAGUUGUGCUUGGGCAGCACAGCUGCUCGCACACACCAUCACAUCAGCUCUGACCCACUGUCCUGCACCAACCAAAAGCUUCCCAGCAAAGCGUCCCAGUACUCUCUAAGGGUACUAAUUCCACUCCAUCUCUAUUUCAAGUUCUUAAACAACCUACUUCUACAGGAGAGAGCUGCUUUACUCCAGCUGCAUGCCACAGCUUUGCCCAGAGAAGGCAGAAAUCAAUCUCGCUAUUACUGCCCAACUUUGAACCUCACCUGAGGUAAGAGAUCAGACAGCUCAUGGUAAUUCAAUCCAUAUCAACUCCCAGUGGAUUGGAAUGGCCUUAAAAAGUUGCAUACACUUUAGUGAAGCCUGCUGUCUUGAGAAGAUUCCAAAUCAAAGUUUGAAAUAAAACUUAACAAUACUUUAAAAUUGUACAGUGUAUUGGAUAGCAUAUAAGCCAAAAAUAGACAAAGACAGCUGAAUUCCACUUACCCAUUUGUUUGCUAUCUGUGGCAGUGUACAUCUAUCUGAAAAAAGUUUAUACUUCAACAAAUAAAAAGUGAAGACUAGGA